AUGGACAGCGUCCUCCGCCAGUCCAAGGCCAUGUGCCCCUUUCUCAAGGCCGCCUCGCCCGCGACGCUGCGUGCCAUGUCGACCUCGGCCCGCCCCAAGGCCUCGCCCUGCGGCGGCACCAUGUCGAAGCUGCAGCUCCUUGCCCAUCGCUGCCCCAUCAUGGGCCAGGCGCUGGCCGUGCAGUCGGCGAGGAACGGUGCCGCCGCCGCCCGGUCCGCCGCCGCCUUCCGCGCCUUUUCCGUGCCCGUCAACGUCGGCGGCAAGGCGCGCAUCCACGCGAGCUGCGGCCAGCAGGCGAGAGCCGUCGACGGCUCCCUCCUCAAAGUCCGAGAUGCCGGUGCCGCCCGCGUCCCGCCGACCGUGUCGAUGCGCGGAAAGGAUGCCGGCGGCCACGCCCUCGCUUCCGGCGCCGAGCCGAACGUGGCCAAGUUCGACUAUGAAAACUUUUACGACGCCGAGCUCGACAAGAAGCGCAAGGACAAGUCGUACCGCUACUUCAACAACAUCAACCGCCUCGCCAAGGAGUUCCCCCGCGCCCACAUGGCCAGCAGGGAGGACCGCGUCACCGUCUGGUGCGCCAACGACUACCUCGGCAUGGGCCGCAACCCCCGCGUCCUGAGCAGGAUGCACGAGACGCUCGACGAGUACGGCGCGGGCGCGGGCGGCACCCGGAACAUCUCGGGCCACAACAAGCACGCCGUCGAGCUCGAGGCCGAGCUCGCCAAGCUGCACGCCAAGGAGGCGGCCCUCGUCUUCAGCUCGUGCUACGUGGCCAACGACGCGACGCUCGCCACGCUCGGCAGCAAGCUGCCCGACUGCGUCAUCCUCUCCGACAGCCUCAACCACGCGUCCAUGAUCCAGGGCAUCCGCCACUCGGGCACCAAGAAGAUCGUCUUCAAACACAACGACGUCGCCGACCUCGAGGCCAAGCUCGCCGCCCUCCCGCUGCGCGUGCCCAAGGUCAUCGCCUUCGAGUCCGUCUACAGCAUGUGCGGCUCCGUCGGGCCCAUCGAGGCCAUCUGCGACCUCGCCGACAAGUACGGCGCCAUCACCUUCCUCGACGAGGUGCACGCCGUCGGCAUGUACGGCCCGAGCGGCGCCGGCGUCGCCGAGCACCUCGACUGGGAGGCCCACGCCCGGGGCCAGCCGCGGGGCACCCUCAUGGACCGCGUCGACAUCAUCACCGGCACCCUCGGCAAGGCCUACGGCUGCGUCGGCGGCUACAUCGCCGGCAGCGCCCGCCUCGUCGACAUGAUCCGCUCCCUCGCCCCGGGCUUCAUCUUCACUACGUCGCUGCCGCCCGCCACCAUGGCCGGCGCCAAGGCCUCGAUCGAGUACCAGAUGGAGCACGACGGCGACCGUCGGCUGCAGCAGCUCCACACCCGCGCCGUCAAGGAGCAGCUCGACGCCCGCGACAUCCCCGUCAUCCCGAACCCGUCCCACAUCAUCCCCAUCCUCGUCGGCAACGCCGAGCUCGCCAAGGCCGCCUCCGACAUGCUGCUGCGGGACCACCAUAUUUACGUGCAGUCCAUCAACUACCCGACCGUGCCCGUCGGCCAGGAGCGUCUCCGAAUCACGCCGACGCCCGGCCACACCAAGGGAUACCGCGACGAGCUCGUCGAGGCCAUCGACGAGAUCUGGAGCCGCCUGGGCAUCAAGCGCACCUCGCAGUGGGCCGCCGAGGGCGGCUUCAUCGGCGUCGGCGAGCCCGCCAACGCCCCGGAGCCCCUCUGGACCGACAAGCAGCUCGGCAUCGAGCAGGCCGCGCGGGAGCUCGGCGCGUCGGGCCGCCGCCCGAGCCACGGCUUCACCGAGGCUCUCCUGGAGCGCGAGGCCGCCUCUGCCGCGAGCCAGGCCGCGCGCGUCGCCGCCUAG